AUGUCUACAACGAUGUUUUCUGGACAAAAUUCGACUACGAUUGAAACACGCCGUACUCCGACUAGGAACGAUGCGACUGCCAAUGUGAGUAAUUCUCAACAGCAGAAGAAUCAUCGUAGUUUGAGUGGCAAAUUUCGAAAUUUGUUUCGAAAAAGUUCCAAUUCUCCGAAUCGGAAUACUACGACCGAACGAGUUCCCUCUCCGCCACCGCUCGCAACAACAAGACAACGAUCUCCAACUCCAGAAACGUUGAGAACAUCGACUGAUUCUCCACUUCUACGGGCACCCAUUGUCGAAUGGCCAUUUGGAAAGAAAAAACCGCGAUCACCGUCGGAACCAAGUAUCAAAACGAAAUCAAAGAAUAGUCGAAAAAGUAAAAAGAAAUCGAUACCAACUACGGAACCAACUGCGCCUGUGCAUAUUGAUGAAUAUGAAACAUCGAUACAUACCCAAACAUACGUACCACGAACGCCUGAAUUUGCUCACAGCGGAACGGGACGAAUUCAAUCUACAUCAAGUUAUGAAACAACAACGAAAGGCUUUCGCGAUUACACGACUAUUGAAAAUUCCAAAACAUCUCCACAGGUAAUAACAACAAAUAUUGAUGCCACUACUCCUCCACGAUCGUAUUUAACGGAAUCACGGCGUUCACCAAUAUUAGAUCCUUCAGGUACACAUUAUGCAAAUAUUGAUUAUCCGCGUCGCUACGAUACGUCGGUACCGUCUACAGCCAAUCGAACGAUAACCAAUCUUGAAAUCAUACCAGGACCAGCUCAACAACGACAAGUGAACAGUACGAUUCAAAAUUUAACAAAUUCGACACCGACGCUGCCACAAAUUGCCGUUUAUCCAUCGUCAGGAACCUUUACUACGGAUGCAAAUCAAUGGAGACUUACAUCAACAACAUCUUUUGAUAAUAAUGAACGAUAUUCCACAUCACCCACAUCUGUGGAAAUCGAUGCGCCAAAAUUACACACUCCAACGAUAACACUUGGCAGUAAAACAAACCAGGCGGAUCCGAAUCAAUCAUACCGUUCGACAUCGAACUUGAAUAAGUUUGAUAAACCAAUUAUCAGUACCUACAGCGCAUUAUCUGACACAGAUCAUGUUUAUCGUGAUAAUUUCACGCCUAUCGAUAAAACAUAUCCUUGGUUGAGUGCCAUUGUUCAACAUCAUAUGCGACCACUUUCUAGCAGCUAUAAUAGCCAUCCAUGGAUUCUUUCAACUAAUCCUUACUCAACUCAUCGUUUCGACGCAUCAACUACGACAUUCCGCGGACCUAACUCUUCAGAAACAUUUUCACCGCUCGAUGGUUACAUUCGUCCAUUAACACCGUCAAAAUCAUCUGUCCAUCCCGAUGUUAGCGUUAUUCAUAUCGAUCCUCACGAUGAUUAUCGAUCGACAUCCCGAACAUCGCACACAACAUCAUCUGAUAUUCCAGUAACGUAUCGCAGUUCAGCAACAAUCUACACUCGAGAUAAACAAAACUUUAACAAUGGUGGUGAAAUUCGUACAUGGAGUCCGCGCGAUGAUGGUAAUACGGAUAGUAAUAAAAAAUCAUCAACAUCAGUCUUCAUCGAACGUGCACCCAAUGAUCAUGAAGUUGUUCCAAUCAGAGUUGCGAUUGAUUCACCGUACAAACCGAAGCUCUACGGACAGGAAUCAGGUAGCUACAGUGAAUUAAAAGAAGCCUCGUUUUCCCCCGGAUAUGAAUAUGAACGACGACAACAUCAACAGUAUUUCUACGAUGCACGUUACUAUUCCAGCAGCCACUUUUCCGAUUCAACUGCAGACGAUAGAACUUACACCCGAUCACCACUUGGACUCGAACGAGAUAAUCAUUAUGAUCGAUCCAAUCAUUUCUAUAAGGAUACAAACCAAACACAGGAAUCACCUAAAUCUACAGAGCCUGCGAAAAAUCCUGAUUUAACACUUCGACAUUACACAUUGAAACGUACGAAUUCUUAUAACGGUCUCGGAAUUGUGAUAGCAACCGAUGCAGAAACACGUUUAAAUCAUCGUAUUCGUGAUGUUGAACCGUCCUCUCCUGGUUGUCGGAUUGGCCUUCGAAAAAAUGAUCGAAUCGUCAAUGUUAAUGGUGUGAAUGUGGAGAACUUAGAAUUCGCCAAUGUCCUCAUGUUGAUCAAAGAUGGUUUAACACGAAAUAAGCUCGAAUUUGAAGUUAUCAACGAAGCAGUACUGAUUUAG